AUGGACCUGAGCGCGGCCGCCGCGCUGUGCCUCUGGCUGCUGAGCGCCUGCCGCCCCCGCGACGGGCUCGAAGCGGCCGCGGUGGGGCGAGCGGCGGGGGCAGGGCCGUCCCGGAGUCCGGGGGGCGGCGGCGGCGGCGGCGGCGGCGGCGGGGGCGGCCGGACCCUCGCCCCCGCGGCGGGUGCCUCCGCUGCCCCGGCCGCCGCGGCUCCCGGGGUCCGCAUCGCGCGCCGCGCCGCGGGCUCGGGCUUCAGGAACGGCUCGGUGGUGCCGCACCAGUUCAUGCUGUCGCUUUACCGGAGCCUGGCCGGGAGGGCUCGGGCCGGGCCGGCCGCCGCCUCCACCCCGGGCUCCGGCCGCCACGGCCGCGCGGACACCAUCACCGGCUUCGCAGACCUGGCGACCCAAGAGGAAUCCGCGGCGGAGACGGGCCAGAGCUUUUUGUUCGACGUGUCCAGCCUUCCGGAGGCCGACGAAGUGGUGGCCGCGGAGCUGCGCGUGCUGCGCCGCGAGGGUCGCGGGGAGCCGGGUCCCGGGAGCGCCCCUCCGCCGCCGCCGCCGCUGCUGCUGCUGUCCACGUGCCCGGGGGCCGCCCGCGCGCCGCGCCUGCUGCACUCGCGCGCGGCCGACCCGCACGCGGGCGAGCGUUGGGAGGUGUUCGACGUGGCGGACGCCGUGCGGCAUCACCGCCGGGAGCCGCGCGCCGCCGCGGCGCUCUGCCUGCGGCUGCGUGCCGUGACCGGCCCGGCGCGGGACCCGCUGGCCCUGCGGCGCCUGGGCUUCGGAGGCUCGCGCGGCCGCGGCGACGGCGGGGUGGAGGGGGCCGAGGAGCGCGCGCUGCUCGUGGUGUCCUCCCGCACGCAGAGAAAGGAGAGCCUGUUCCGGGAGAUCCGCGCCCAGGCCCGCGCGCUCGGGACGGCGCUGGCGGCCGACCCGCCGCCCGACCCGGGCCCUGAGCCCAGGUCGCCGCCGCCGUCGCCGACGGUGGCUCUCGGGGGCCGCAGGCGGCGGCGGACGGCGCUGAGCGGGGCGCGGGCGGCGCAGGGCAGCGGCGGGGGCGCGGGCCGGGCCCACGGGCGCCGCGGCCGGAGCCGCUGUAGCCGCAAGCCGCUGCACGUGGACUUCAAGGAGCUGGGCUGGGACGACUGGAUCAUCGCGCCGCUGGACUACGAGGCGUACCACUGCGAGGGCGUCUGUGACUUCCCGCUGCGCUCGCACCUGGAGCCCACCAACCACGCCAUCAUCCAGACGCUGCUCAACUCCAUGGCGCCCGACGCUGCGCCCGCCUCCUGCUGCGUGCCCGCGCGCCUCAGCCCCAUCAGCAUCCUCUACAUCGACGCCGCCAACAACGUGGUCUACAAGCAGUACGAGGACAUGGUCGUGGAGGCGUGCGGCUGCAGGUAGCGUGGGGGGAGGGGGCCGCGCCUGGCCAGGGAGGGGAUGGCCACGCCGCCCAGGGACGCCCGGUGGAAGAGCAGCAGCCUCGCGCGUGCCGCGCGCCAGUCACGGAACCCGGGUCCGCCCGCCCGCGCCGCUCCAGCCUCAGGCCCUCAGAGGGGCCCCCAUGCAGAGGAGGGGGAGGGCGCAUUCACACUCACACCCACACUCACUCCUGCACACUUUCACUCUGGACGGCUUUGGACAGCGGCUGAAGAAGGUCCUGGGAAGAGAGGACCGGCCGCCGCUUGUUGGGGGAGAGGAUGGUCUUAAUGGGAGCAUGACGGUUGCGCUGGACUCAGAAUCAGGUAGAAACGGGUUAGGGGGCUGCGGACUCCAGGAUGGGUGAACUGGAAGGGUUGAGCGCGGGGCGGCCUGCGGGGCGGCUGGUUGGAAGUGGGUGACCCUGGCACCAGAGAAGGUCAGCCUGGAAGGCCUUUUCUGAUGAUCUGAGCUGCGUCAGUGCUGUUUCCUUGGGAAGGAAUGCUGCCAAAGGGCGCCCCCUCCCUCUCUCUCUCUCUCCCUCUCCCUUUCCCUCUCUCUCGCUCUUCAUUUUAGCAAAGGUUUAUCUGUAGGAAAGAUUGCGCGUGCCUAGAUCUCUGUUAAGGCCACCCCAAAUUCAGUAGCACCACAAUCCAGCAAUUCUAAUUGGGAACAAUCUUGAAACGUGCCGAGAAUAGUUUUCUUCUGGGUAGAGGAUGGCAGGAGAGAGAAAGGGUGGAGAUAGGGUGGCAGCUCCCAGGCUGUGAAACCCCAAGAGCUGAGCCUGGCGGGAGGGGGCGCGGAGAUGCCCUGACCUCAGGACUAGGCUCUCCUCUGGCUGUGGCCAGGAGGGGCAGCGCCGGCCAGGGGUUCCCCAAGGAGCUGGUGGGAGACUCUUAGGGCUUGAAAGUCGCCGAGGCAUUUGGAAGGGCUCCCCAGAGCACCCCUCGGCCUCCCUCCCGGCAGCCCCUGCAAGCCAGGGACUCAGGGGGCCCACAUGUGCUUGCUUAGUUAUCAGGUCUGGGACGGCUUUUACACGCUUUCACUGUGUUGUUGCUGUAGUUUUUGGCAAUGUGAUAGUAACGGGAAGUGAAGCCACACAAAAGUGCUUUUGUGAGAUUCCAACUGCUGCCCCCCCUCCCUUCCCCCCAGUUCAGAUAGUUCCUAGCCUAGAGCAGACCAGUCCCCUUCACCCCUUCUCCAGGGGGAAUUCUGCCACCUGGAAGCUGUGGCCCCUUUAGAAGGGAAGUCCUGGGUGUACAGGAGUGGAGGCAGAAACUUUUCUCUUCACCCCUAGAUUGGGCCCCAGAGUCUUGCUGAUGGUGGGGUCCCCUCCUGGCUGUCAGCUGUGCUGACUUCAUCUCUGCCCUUGGCCUUGUGUACAGGGUGGGUGGGUCAAGGGAAACAAUCUGGAAUGUCCCCCUCCUGCCCACUCCCCUCAUUGCGGCUUCCAAGCCCUGAAGCCCUC